AAAAAAUGAAUAUAAAUAUGAAGAAACUGACAUUAAAUGUUAUACCUGGAAUGUCUUUGUCUAGUAUAAAACAAUUUGCUAGCAUUGAAACAGGUAUGUUACAAAAGGACUUUUACUUGUUGUUUAAUGGAAAAAUUUUAAAUGACGAUACUGUUCAAAAUGGUAUUGUUUAUAUUGUACCUCGGGUAAUGGGUGGCAAGGGAGGAUUUGGUUCAAUGCUACGAGCAAUUGGUGCACAAAUUGAAAAAACAACAAAUCGUGAAGCUUGUCGAGAUUUAAGCGGACGUCGAUUACGUGAUAUAAAUGAAGAAAAACGAGUUAAAGAUUUUUUAGCCAAAGGAGGUCCUAGUACAGAAGAUCCUGAAGAGCGCAAAAAACGAAAAUUACAACGCCUAUGUCAAGCACCCAAAACAGAAUUUAAAGAUGAACAUUAUGAAAAGCAAAUGUCUGAAAUGACAGAAUCUGUAUCAGAUGCAAUAGAGUGUGGUUUCAAAGCAGGCACAUCGGAAAUUCCAAUCAAGAAAAAAAUUAAAUCCAAGGGAUAUUUUGAUUCCGAUUUGGAUACAGAUAGUAGCUGUGAUGAAUUAGAUGAAGAAAAAGUGUCUAUUGAGUCAACAAAAAAAGAACAAUCAAAUAAAGAACUAAAAGAAACAGAAAAUGUUAAUAAACGUAAAAGUUUAGAUUUAGAAUACACUGAUACUGUUACAAAAAAAAAGAUUAAAGUUUAACAAUUAAAAAAAAAUAUAUGUAUAUUAUUAAAUUAA